CGAUUAUUCGCAGCGAGAAUGCAUAUCCAUUCAUAUAGGACAAGCGGGCGUGCAAAUGGGAAACGCCUGUUGGGAGCUUUAUUGUCUGGAGCAUGGUAUCCAUCCAGACGGACAAAUGCCCAGCGAUGUUAGUGUGGGCUCCGGAGAUGAUUCCUUUAACGCGUUCUUUUCCGAGACUGGUUCGGGGAAGCAUGUCCCACGAGCGGUCUUGGUCGAUCUCGAGCCAACGGUGGUAGACGAAGUACGCACGGGUACUUACAGACAAUUAUUUCAUCCGGAACAAAUGAUUACCGGGAAGGAAGAUGCGGCUAAUAAUUAUGCUAGGGGCCAUUAUACAAUAGGAAAAGAGAUCAUAGAUCUCACUUUGGACAGAAUACGCAGACUAACAGAGCAGUGCAAAGGCUUGCAAGGCUUCUUAAUCUUCCAUUCUUUCGGCGGUGGCACAGGCUCUGGAUUCUCGAGUCUGCUUAUGGAACAAUUGUCCGCCGAUUAUCCGAAGAAAAGUAAACUGACCUUUAGUAUCUAUCCAGCCCCACAGGUAUCGACUGCAGUAGUGGAACCUUACAACGCAAUUCUGUACACUCAUCCGACGUUAGAGCAUAGCGAAGUGGCUUUCAUUGUAGAUAAUCAGGCCAUUUAUGAGCUAUGCAGGAGGAACUUAAAUAUCGAUCGACCGACUUAUACGAAUCUGAAUCGGCUGAUUGGACAAAUAGUCUCAUCCAUCACCGCCAGUUUACGAUUCGAUGGAGCCCUGAAUGUCGAUCUCACUGAAUUUCAGACGAAUUUAGUGCCUUAUCCACGUAUUCACUUUCCGCUCGCUACGUAUGCUCCGGUUCUGUCAGCAGAGAAGGCUGGGCAUGAGAGAGUGACCGUCUCGGAAAUAACAAGCUCCUGCUUUGAACCGAAUCAUCAAAUGGUGAAUUGCGACCCGCGCAUGGGAAAAUACAUGGCAGUAUGUUUGCUCUACAGAGGCGACGUGGUACCCAAAGAUGUGAACGCGGCGAUCGCGAUGAUAAAGCGCCAGAAGCACGUGCAAUUCGUCGAAUGGUGCCCGACAGGAUUCAAGGUGGGAAUAAAUUAUCAACCACCUACCGUUGUACCAGGUGGAGAUCUCGCUCGUGUAGAAAGAGCUGUUUGCUGUCUCUGCAACACGACAGCGAUUGUGGACGCAUGGGCUCGACUUGAUCACAAGUUCGAUCUCAUGUAUGCCAAGCGAGCUUUCGUGCAUUGGUUCGUUGGGGAAGGCAUGGAGGAAGGUGAAUUUUCGGAAGCCCGGGAAGAUCUGGCCGCCUUGGAGCUCGAUUAUCGCGAGGUGCAAGAAGAUGCUGUUAACACCGAAGAAGAAGAGGAAUACUGAACUCACCAUCAUUAUAAUAAUUUAAUACUAAUGUGAAUACAUGUUGUAUAAUUAACACGUUCUACCAUUAUAUCA